UUUCAUUUUUACAAUAUCGUCAAGGUAUUGUGCACGCUUUCACAACAAAUAGUAAAGUGCCUUGUAGUAAAGGAUUUUGUGACUUUGAUUAUGAUGAUGAUGUCGAUAGUAAAUAGUGGUGUGACACAGACGUAAAAAUAUAUUUUGUACCAAGUUUAUGUCAAUUUUAAGUAUUUCACUAUGGCUGACAACGAGGCGAAAGGGCGAGAAUUGAUGCUAGAGGCAGAUAAGAAGCUUUCCUCUUCUAAAGGAUUCUUUAGUUCACUGUUUGGGAGUUCAUCAAAAGUAGAAGAUGCUGCUGAUUUGUUUGUUAGAGCAGCCAAUAUGUUUAAAAUGGCUAAAAAAUGGGCUGCUGCUGGUGAAGCAUUCUGUCGCUCAGCAGUGUUACAGAUGCAGUUAGGCAGCAAACACCAGGCUGCUACAGAGUAUGUCAAUGCUGGCACGUGUUAUAAAAAGGCAGACCCAAAUGAGGCAAUCAACUGUUUACUGAAGGCUGUUGAAAUUUACACUGAUAUGGGUAGAUUUACCAUAGCAGCUAAACACCAUGUCUCCAUUGCUGAAAUAUAUGAAACAGAAAUGGUGGACAUUGAGAAGGCAAUUACAAGUUAUGAACAUGCAGCAGAUUACUAUAAAGGAGAAGAGUCUAACAGCUCUGCAAACAAAUGUCUUGUUAAAGUUGCACAAUAUGCAGCACAGCUUGAACAGUAUGAGAAGUCCAUAGCUAUUUAUGAAGAAGUUGGUAUGUCAUGUAUGGACAAUCAGUUGCUGAAGUACAGUGCUAAGGACUACUUCUUCAAGGCAGCCAUGUGUCAUUUGUGUGUUGAUACACUGAAUGCAGAGCAAGCCAUUCAAAAAUACGAAGAAAUGUUCCCACAGUUUGGGGACGCCAGAGAAUGCAAGCUUCUCAAGAGUCUCAUAAGUGCAAUAAAUGAGGAGGAUGCUGAUAAAUUUACUGACACGGUCAAAGAUUAUGACAGUAUAUCUCGCUUUGACCAGUGGACCACCACCAUGCUGCUUAGAGUGAAGAAGAACAUCAGUGGGGAGGACCUUCGAUGAGCACCAGACACCCAUUCUUUAGGAUGUGUAGCGAUAUGGUUUUAGUGAUGUUAAAUUUUUGACAUUGUACACUUGUAGCUGUCAAGGAUUUUUUUUACCAUCAUACUCAGAUUUGUGUCAAAUCCUCAGUUCAAUUUUGAUUAAAAUGUCAACUUGUUUAUGAAAGUAUAUAUGCAACAUUCCCAUUACCUCUGACAUAUUUUUCAGGAGCGUUUUCUGGAGGUUCAACAAUAAAGUCAAGUUAUCUGUAUUUUAGCAUUGUCGUAAUUAAUGCUGUGGAAUAAUGUUGGAAGAAAAAAAACAUAUAUUAUACUGAUUUUAGGUGAAUACAGUUUGAAUAUUAUCAGUAUCAUAAAACUUGUGACUGUCGAACUACAAUUAUCAAAGUUUUGUUGAUUAUCAAAAAAAUGCUUUGAUUCUGUUGGUUUUUUAUUUUAGAUUAUGCAUUAACGUUAGAUAAAGUGUAAUGCCCGAGUUUACACGUAUAGGUAUAGAUCCAGGAGAUAGUCUUGUGUAUAUAGGACAUCAUGAUUAUAGUACUCCACCCCUUGUACACUUACCCUUUGGAGCUGGACGUUGAGAAAUACUGUAAUCUAAUUACAUUCUUAACAGUACAUACCAACUGUUGUAAUCGAUAACGUCAUUAUUAAAGAUUCACUACAGUGUAAAUUUUGUACUUGCAAUUGUGUCCAACAGCAUUUCGUAAAAUUUUACCCAAUCUGUUGUUUGACUUUAUAGAUAUAUUUAAAGGUGUUAAAAAGAUGCAUGUAGAUGUUCAGUAUACAUGUACUGUGUACUUGUCUGGUUUUUUUGUGAGAUAAUUAAGCUUAAACUGAAAAUUGAAUAAAAGAUUUGAAAAAAAAAGAAA